AUGAAAAACAUCAUCAGGUUAUUCUACCCAAGUCAGCAUGAGAACUGGAUACUAAUCAGAGUCUACACAGUGUACAAUUUUAUUAAAUCGUUGAUAAUCGUAUCUAAACAAAGUCUGAUCGGAGAUAUUCCACUAACCUGGAGGCAAGUGAGAGUUGUCCACGAGCUCCUCUGUUUCAGCAAUCUCCUCUUCAGACACACCGUGGUCCAAGGGGGUUCUAGGCAAGGCCAUCAUACCGGAACGGGCAAUUUCCAAAAUACCAAAUGGUUGCAACAACAGAAUAAACGAGGUGAUCCGCGAAGGCUUUGCCGACAACUCCACAAUGACAUUGCGGUCGGAAAUGUCCACCACCUUGCCGCCAAAACGCUCGGUGAUAGCAGAAAUGUGCUGCAAGUGCAGGUGCUUCUGUCUCAAGGCCUCAGAGGGCGCCAAGUUGCUUGGGUGGAAAGCACUUUCGGUGGCAGUCAAGUCUGGUACGGGGCUGUCACCACUGUGCAAGUUGUGGGCGGCAAUCAACUCCUGGAAGUACUCAGGGCCCAACAAGGAAAUACGAGCCAACAACAACUCACGCUUGACGAUCUCGGCGUUCGUGUAGUCCAACACAGCAUACACGGGCACCAAGUCCUCAAUUUGGCGACGCGCCUGCUCGACAACAGCGUCACGGCCGCCCAAAACAAUCGUCAUCCGCGACAAAUCCUUGACUUCGGUGUUGCAAACCACAAGAGAGUCAAUGUUGAAGCCUCUGGCGGCUAA